AUGACGGCCAACGAGCCAGUCGAUGAUUUCUUUAUCAUUGGACUCGACUUUGGGACAACGUACUCGGGAGUUGCUUGGGCGUAUUCUCGAGAACCGGAAGAGAUCGAACUUGUGACAAGCUGGGAAUCUGAGUUUAACAACUGUACUGAUGUUGAUAAAGCACCAACUCAGUUGCUAUACGACGAAAAAAAAGGCACAUCCUGGGGAUACUCUAUCCCCGCCAGUAAGGAUGCCUUGAAGUGGUUCAAACUUCUAUUGCUUGAUAGAGAGGAUGUUCCCAUUAUGGUUUCAAAGUCCUCCCAGAUGCGCUGCGCCCAGAAACUUCUGGAUAAGACGAAGAAAGACCCAGUCGAGGUCAUCGCGUGCUAUUUGCGAAAAAUAUGGAACCAUGCAAUUGACUCUAUCCAAAGAGCUGUUGGAGCUGAACUGUUGCAAAAGUCGCCGUUUCAUGUUGUCAUUACGCUGCCUGCCAUCUGGCCCCCCUACGCCCAGCAACGCAUGAAGCAGGCUGCCAAAACCUCAGGUAUUCUUGAUGCUCGAUCAUGCGGUGAGACCAAACUUCGUUUCAUCUCAGAGCCGGAGGCUGCAGCCCUAGCUACCAUCAAGGAUCUUUCGAAGAGGUCGACCAUGAAGAUUGAGGAUACGAUGGUCAUUUGUGAUGCUGGAGGAGGAACGGUGGAUCUAAUCAGCUAUCAAAUUGAGUCAACCUCUCCAUUUGUGGUGAAGGAGUGUGUCAAAGGCGACGGGGGGCUCUGCGGAGGCGUGUUUCUCGACGAACAGUUCCUGGAACUCAUCAAAAGAAAGCUCGCACCUGGAUCAUGGGACAGCGUCACCUCUACUGAGGAGAAGAAAUUCUUGAACGAGUGUUGGGAGCAUGGAAUUAAGUCUCAAUUCUCUAAUCAGAACAGGGACUGGGUCGUAGACCUUCCUGACAGUUGCAAGGCCACGAGCUCCAGCGGAAAGCUCAAACGGCGAAAGACGCUUGAACUCAGCUCAAGCGACAUUCUGUCUGCAUACACCCCUAUCGUCGACAGGAUCGAGGGCCUUGUACGCCGGCAAGCCCAGGCUGUUAAGUCAAAGCUUGGGACGCCAGCAAAGUACAUCAUUCUUGUCGGUGGCUUCGGUCGUAGCUCCUACCUGUACAACAAGCUUCGGUCUGCCUUUUCUGAGAGCACAGUUCUACAGUCGCGCGGGAACAAGCCAUGGUCAGCUAUCUGCCGCGGUGCUGUAGUCCACGGCAUUACAAACCACGGCCUCUCAGCAACCCUGGGUGUGACAGUAGGCGUACGGGUAGCUCGAAACAGCUAUGGAGUCAAGUUCAUGACCGAGUUUGAUCCCCAGAAGCAUCAGCAAUCUGACAAAUAUUGGUCGGAAGAUCAUCAGGAGUGGUAUGCUACGAACCAGAUGAAAUGGUUUCUGCGGGAGGGCGACAAUAUGUUGACUAAAAAGCCAGUCCGACAUAACUACUGUCAACUAUACUCUAAUCGCAUUGGACAUGUCUCUACGACCAUUUACAUCUGCUCUGAGUUCCCUCCCCCCAAGUCUUCCGGACAGGCCGUGGAGAAACUAUGUGAGAUCCACUGGACCCGCAACAUCAGCCUCGAAUCUCUUCCAACAUGGACCAACCCUCUGGGAAAGGUCUACCACGAACUCAGGUACGAAGUUGAGAUGACCUGCGAGGAUGGGACUGUAGACUUUACCCUCUAUCACGAGGGCAAACGCGUCGGUGCUCACAAUGUCGAUGUUCAGUUUCGUUAG